GAUUAAUGUUGUGUCUGAUCAUCAUGAGCUGCUCUAACAGCCUCUUCUCCUCUGGUUUUCCAGCAGGUGUUGAACCUGCUGCAGGAAUUUGUCCCAACACUGAGGUCUGAUAAGAUCUGGACCACAGCAGGUGGUGGAUCUGGUUGAGGUCUGGUUCUCUGUGCAGACGACUUCCUCCACAGCAGACUGGGGGCGAUCAAGCGGCGGGGAUGAUGGGAGUCCGGCCGGUCAGCCCUACCAGCCUACCGACCUACCGACGCACCGACACGCAGCCAAACACUCCGGUCCGACGGAAAAACUUAAACUCAGUUUAACACAAAAAAAAAAACAUCAUAAGCAACAGCUGGAGCCGCGAGAGGACUUUUAUUUUGGAGGUUCUUGUUCAUUAUCACACCUGACGAGGAUGAGAAGAAAUUAAAAAGCCCUUUUCCUGAGGUGGAGGAGUGUGUUUUCCGGGAUUAAAGGGGAGUAACAGAAAGCUGAAGCCGCUGUCGGAGGAUUUAAGCGGCUGAAGUUGGGAAGAUGCCGCAGGAAGCGGAGCAGACGGAGUGAAGCAGCCCGGUGCGCACUUUCCCCUCCCCGGCUGGACUGAAGCGCGACAGUCCGCUCCUGCGCCGCCGCCGCUGCUGGAGGGACACUUCUGCGCUCCUGCCUCUCCUCAUCUGAUCCCACCAUUCUCACUCUGCUUGGAUUUAAAAACCCACAGACUUCCUCCUCUUAUUUCCCUUCAUCACUGAGAGCUUUUACUCCAAACUCUUCCCCUGCGCGCAGUUUGCGCUCAUGGAUCGGCCGCCGUGCGCCUCCUCUCCGGAUGGGAUCUGGCAGCUGUGAGCGGGACGCGGCGGAGCGGUGAUGGUGUGACCGAGAGCGAGAUCCGAACCCGCAGUUUUUAACGCAGGAGUUUCACAUCUGGUAUACUGGGCCAGUCAGCAGCAGGAUCAGGAUGAGAAGAUGGCUGGCUGUGUGUUUCCAAUGGGACCAGAGAGCUUUCAGCGCUUCACGCCGGACUCCCUGGCGGCCAUCGAGCAGCGCAUCGCCCAGGAGGAGGCCCGACGCAACAAACACUACCAGGAGGACCUGGGCGACGUGGAGCUCCCCCGGCCCCGGCCCGACCUGGAGGCAGGAAAACAGCUGCCGCGCAUCUUCGCCGACAUCCCAUCUCAUCUGGUGGGCGUUCCCCUGGAAGACAUCGACCCGUACUACUUCAAAGACAAGAGGACCUUCAUAGUCCUGAACAAAGGGAAGGCCAUCUUCCGCUUCAGUGCCACAUCAGCUCUCUACAUCUUCAGCCCUUUCCACCCCAUCCGCAGAAUCGCCAUCAAGAUCCUGGUCCACUCAUAUCCUUACACAUUACUGUACGCACACUGUGCAUGA